AGGAUCCGUUACAUUUCUGUGAGCACAAAAUACAAAAGAGCAGAGUCGAAGUCCAAGCAGUAACUAGUAACUAGUACUACGAAACCACAAUGUGCGGAGACGCGAGGAACUGGGACGAAGAUGCAUACAGAGAAAGCAUACUGAAGGAGAGGGAGAUUCAAACUCGAACUGUUUUCAGGACCGUUUGGGCACCCGCUCAAAACCCUAACCCUAACCCGGAAACCAUUGUCGCCGCCUCCAGCGAUGGAUCGAUCGCCUCCUACUCCAUCUCCUCCUGCAUCUCCAAGCUCCAAAGUUUUAGGAAUACAAAGGCACAACACUUGUUAGUGGCUGAACCCGAUUGCUUUGUUCAAGGGCACGAUGGACCUGCUUAUGAUAUCAAAUUCUAUGGUGACGGUGAAGAUGCCUUGUUACUAAGUUGUGGUGAUGAUGGUCGGAUUCGAGGAUGGAGGUGGAAGGAUUUUACAAAUUCAGACGUGCCCAUUACAUUGCAAGGGAAGCAAAUGAAGCCAGUACUUGACCUGGUGAAUCCCCAACAUAAAGGUCCUUGGGGUGCUCUUUCUCCAAUUCCUGAAAAUAAUGCCAUUGCUGUUAACAUACAGGGAGGAUCUAUUUUUUCAGCUUCUGGUGAUUCUUGUGCGUAUUGCUGGGAUGUGGAAACGGGUAAACUCAAAGUAGUUUUUAAGGGGCAUUCAGACUACUUGCAUUGUAUAGUUGCCCGAAACUCUGCCAACCAGAUCAUAACUGGUUCAGAGGAUGGGACUGCACGGAUAUGGGAUUGCAAAAGUGGAAAGUGUAUUCAAGUAAUUGAUCCAGCAGAGAACACUAAGUUGAAAGGUUUCUUCUCAUGCGUUAGUUGCAUUACUCUUGAUGGAAGCGAAAGCUGGUUGGCUUGUGGCAGUGGUCAGUGUUUAUCCAUUUGGAAUCUUCCUGCUUCUGAGUGCAUUUCAAGGACUUCAACUCGUGCUUCUGUGCAGGAUGUAUUAUUUGAUGACAAUCAAAUUUUGGCUGUUGGAGCAGAACCUCUUCUGUGUCGUUUUGACAUGAAUGGGGUGAUUCUUUCACAAAUACAAUGUGCUCCUCCAUCAGCAUUCUCUGUCUCCCUACAUCCGUCCGGGGUUACAGCAGUUGGAGGUUAUGGAGGUCUUGUAGAUGUUAUCUCACAGUUUGGAAGCCACCUUUGCACAUUACUUCACACAACAAAAACCAAUACUACUACCCCUCUCUUCUACUUCACUUUUCACCGAUCAACAGUCAUGGCGGCACCAGAGGGGUCACAAUUUGAUGCUCGUCAGUUUGAUGCUAAAAUGGAUGAGUUACUUUCAGUUGAUGCUCAGGACUUCUUCACAUCAUAUGAUGAGGUUUAUGAUAGUUUUGAUGCUAUGGGAUUGCAAGAGAAUCUUCUGAGGGGGAUUUAUGCUUAUGGUUUCGAAAAACCCUCUGCUAUUCAGCAAAGGGGAAUUGUACCCUUCUGUAAGGGUCUUGAUGUUAUUCAACAGGCUCAAUCUGGAACUGGAAAGACAGCAACUUUCUGCUCUGGUGUUUUGCAACAACUUGACUAUAGUGUGACGGAAUGCCAAGCUUUGGUCCUGGCACCCACUAGAGAGCUUGCUCAACAGAUUGAGAAGGUGAUGCGGGCACUUGGAGACUAUCUUGGUGUAAGAGUACAUGCUUGUGUUGGUGGAACAAGUGUUCGUGAAGAUCAACGCAUUCUGUCUAGUGGGGUUCAUGUUGUUGUUGGUACUCCUGGUCGUGUGUUUGAUAUGCUGCGAAGACAGUCACUUCGUCCUGAUUACAUCAAGAUGUUUGUAUUGGAUGAGGCUGAUGAAAUGCUUUCCCGGGGUUUCAAGGAUCAGAUUUAUGAUAUUUUCCAGCUUCUACCAUCAAAGAUUCAGGUUGGGGUAUUCUCUGCCACAAUGCCACCUGAGGCCCUUGAGAUUACUAGGAAGUUCAUGAACAAACCUGUUAGAAUUCUUGUGAAGCGUGAUGAGCUCACCCUGGAGGGUAUAAAACAGUUUUAUGUUAAUGUUGAUAAGGAGGAGUGGAAACUUGAGACACUCUGUGAUCUUUAUGAAACCUUGGCCAUCACCCAGAGUGUCAUUUUUGUGAACACGAGGCGCAAGGUUGAUUGGCUUACAGACAAGAUGCGGAGCCGUGACCACACAGUCUCAGCCACCCAUGGUGAUAUGGACCAGAAUACAAGAGACAUUAUCAUGCGGGAAUUCCGUUCUGGAUCAUCUCGUGUCCUUAUAACGACUGAUCUUUUGGCACGUGGUAUUGAUGUCCAGCAAGUCUCCCUUGUUAUUAAUUAUGAUCUCCCUACACAGCCAGAGAACUAUCUGCAUCGUAUUGGACGUAGUGGACGGUUUGGUAGGAAGGGUGUUGCCAUCAACUUUGUAACAAAGGAUGAUGAGAGGAUGCUGUUUGACAUCCAGAAGUUCUAUAAUGUUGUAGUUGAGGAGCUGCCAUCAAAUGUUGCUGAUCUCCUCUAAAGAGAUUUUGUUUUGUUUAGUAGAGAAAGACAGAUUCUGUUUGGUAAGCGUCAUUUGAUAUGUUUCUUUGUUUUCCUUUGCCAAGUCUUGUCUUAUAGGUCUACUGUCUUUAUUUUAAGAUGUUCGAGUUUCGGACUGUUUAAGUGGUACUUGCAGUGUAGAAACCAUCUUUGCCUGACAUGGUAUGAUGUUUGUAUGUGUUUUUAAUAUAAAGCAGUUGCAAUUUUGUUGAAGUUUUUGAAGUUCUAUAUAUGUAACUCUAUUCUGUCAUUUUGGU